AAGUUUCAGAAAUAAACUCAUACUUUGAAUUCUAGUACUUUUAAAACAAAUAAUUCGUGCCGCCACUAUGUUUUCAUAUUAUAGAAAACUUAUCUUCGAUGAAUAAAAAUUGGGUUGGUCAUAUUAAAGAUUAGUACGAUAAUGGUCUCAGUGCGCAUUUGCUUGUCUAAUUCAAACAUAUAGUAUCCUGUAUAGUAUAUCACGAAAGAUGAAUAUAUAAUCUCAUAUAUAAAAUCAUAUAGUAUUGAAUAAAUACGAUAUUAUCCAGAAAAUGUUUUUCUUUAUUUAUUGAAAAUGGCUCAAUAUACAGCAAAUGUUACAUAUUGCAUUGUGACCAAAGGAUGGUUUACUAAGUUUUUUAGGAUUUUGAAUGAGGUUUGAAGCAAAUAAAUUAAUUUUGAGGAUCUAAAAGUCAAUCAUGAUAAUAAUUGAAAAUGUUUUUAAUCAUGUUUUCUAGAAAUAGAAAAGUCAUGGUGAUGGAGUCAUGAAUAUAGAUAGAUAAAAGGACAACAACAUAAAUAGUUUACAGAAAUAUAUUAUUUGUUUCUGUUACUCACGGAUACAUUCUUUUUCCAAGCAGAGAGAAGAAGGAAGUAAAAGAGAAGUGGCGUGUUGUUUUCUCCAAAACUCAACCCCUCUUCUUAUCUUCUUCAGUUCUUCUCCUCUUCAAAUCUCAGUCUUAUACAAAGCCAUAGAUACAUAGGUCAAACUCAGUCUAUAUUGCUCAUAUCCAAUCGUUUCAAAGGAUUUUGGUUGUUGUACGUGUGUGUUUGGAACUUUGGAUGGUGAUGAAGGGAAUGCGUGUUGGGAAAUACGAGCUUGGGGAAACGCUUGGUGAAGGGAACUCUGCAAAAGUCAAACUCGCUACAGAUACUGUUUCUGGCCAAUCGUUUGCCGUCAAAAUCAUCGACAAGUCUCGUACCAGUCGCCUCAACGUCCCUUUUCAGAUUAAGAGAGAGAUACGUACACUCAAAAUCUUGAAGCAUCCAAACAUUGUUAGAUUACAUGAGCUUGAGUCUUGAUCAUUAGCUGGCUCACGAUGGAUUUGAUGACCUGACCAAUUCAAUUAUGAGGUCGGUCCCAAAAAAAAAUGGCGACUUAAAUAAUGAUAAUGGCAAAUCAUAUUCACUAUUGCCUCAUUUUUUGGUUAAAUAUCAGUCUUAAUAAAACUAAAAAAAUUCCAAACACUACAGGAGGUAAUUAUUGCAUAAUUUUAUGGAAACGACCUGAGUAUAAAUACUAUUAAAACAGGAUCCUAUUGGAUUUUUUACUAAAAAUACCAUUUUCUUUAUUAACAUUGCAUAUUUCUUUAAGGGUAAUCAAGUAAUAUUAAUAACACAUCUAUAUUGGGUCAUUUUUUUUAUCCAGCCCACUGCCCACUUCAGAUCUCUCUUGGGCCAUUUGGGCCGAUUAAGAAAUCAGAUCCAAUUUUUAUUUUUUCUCCAAGUUCAAAUAAAUUCUUUUCAAUCAUUCUUAAUAUUUUGUGUAGUAAACAAAAAUUAAUCACUUAAUUAUUAUUAUUUUUUAAGCAUUCCUAAAAAA